AUGGAGAAGAAGCUUCCGACGGUUGUCACUAUUGGAGGAAGAAGGUAUGUUAAGAAUAAUCUUAACAAGGGAACAGGGGACGGAAAAAUUAGACUGAAGGAGGCGUUGAAAUCUCUCGGAAGGACUGUUCAAAAGUCUCAAAUAUCCCACUGCACCAUCAAUACUAAGGAAAGCAUACAUGUGUAUACUUUAGACGACUCCAAAGUUAUUUUAAACAAGAACAACGACCUUGUUGGAUUUAUUGUUACUGGAAAGGCACAAAAAAUCAAUAAGAGCGUGUGCCAGGAGCUAUCAAAUGCGAUGGGUGACAAUGCAAAAGCCCCCGAGAAUGAUACAGUUGAAGAGAAGUUAAAGCAUUGA